UAUCUUAUCCUUCCUUCGGCAGGGCUUCGUCCCUCCCAAGGGGUGACGAGGAUUGCUACGACGCUCUCUUACAAAAAAAAAAACCUAUAGACUUGCAGCUUAGAAUUUCGCAUGUUCAGUUUUUGUAAUAUGAUAAUGAUUAAUGAACAUUGAAAACAUUUAUUUUAGUAACUUUUGUAUACAAGGAUGUCUAAUAUUUUAUGAUUUAUUUUUCAACUAUGUUGAUAUAUUACGGUCAAACAGGAAAAAAAAAAGUGAAAAUGAUGGAACCAAUGAUGUCUUGGCCUAAUGGUUAAGACUGAUAGUUUAUAUGCGAUAUGUUCAGGUUCGAAUUUCUCCGUUCCCAUUUGUAAUUUAUAUUGUUUUGAAAGAUGCAAUUAUUUUGAAACGGAAGAAAUCCCAAACCUUUAAAAUGUAUGAACUUGAAACACUAUGCUUAAGCAUAGUGUUUUGAGUCACAUAUAGGUGAUUUUCACUAUUUAUAAGAAAAUUUUUCCAAAUUGCUUCCCUUUGAUGGCUCUAUCCUACUUGCUCAAUCAACCAAGGUUCAAACCUUGGUUCUUGCAUAUUUCAAAAAAAAAAAUUCCCUUCUUUAUUUCCUGAUUCAUUGCCCCAUGUGCUUCCUUCUCCUCCACGUGACCCCCCUUAUUUACCUUAUUCUUUCCAUUUCCUCCAAUUUUCACUUUCUCUUUCAACCUAUCCCUCAUAUGCGGAUCUGCCCCUUCUCCUCUCUCCUCCAUCCUCCGUCGUCCGCCCCUUUCUCCACUAGGACCACCAUAUCUUUUCUUCUCAUCACUCUCCAUCAGAACUUCAGUUUCUCAAUCGCGAAAUCUCUUUAUGUAUCUCUCAUUGCUGGGACAUGCGAAACAUCUGGUCAUCUGAUCGAUUUCUUUGGGUAAUUUGUUCUUGUUCAUCUUUUAUAAUCAUCUGAUUGUAUUUGAUUUAAUUUUUCGCAGAUUUGUUGAUUUAUUAAAUGUUUAAUUUUUUUUUCAAUUGUUAAUAUGUUUACCGUUCUUCUUUUUUUAUUUUAUUGGAUUUUCGUUUUGUGUUGAUACUUUUCCCAAUACUACGCACUAACACCAUCAAUUAUUUGCUUAAAUGGGUACUGUGGAGGAUUUAACGGAGAGUUGUCGAUGGCCGAACAGGGUGGCCAUUAUUGCUCCCAAAAAACGGUAGAUUGUUCAAAUAUUGUUGGUGCCAGCACUUGUUGAAUGUGGCUAAAGUUCACUUUUGCUGACACACAUUACUAGGACAACAGUACCUGUAACUCUAUUAAGUUCAAGAGGCUAGACGCUUCAAAAUUCUCCAUGUGCCUAACAAGAUGCUGUCAUGUGGAUGAUCGUGGGACCACUCUUAUACCCUUGGAAAACUAUUUGAGACCUACGUUGGUCACUUCAUUAGAUGAAAGAAGAAAUUUCUGCAUGAGGAUGUUUGUUUUGCAGCUGGAAGGAUUGUUGCAGUCAGUCAAAGGUGGUAUGCUUCCAGUGAUUGACUGUUGCGCAGCUGUUCUGCUCUGUUUGGCUGUUGUUGGCAGUGUUUCAGGUGUGGUGUUGCUGCAUGGGGGUAGUGGUUGUCACUGCUUGUUUGUUGUCAACCAUAAAGUAUAUUGGGAAUUGUACAUCAGUCCAUAUGUUAGGUUAACCAGCACUAGGACGAAGAUCAAUGGCGAGUCUUCUUUCAUGGAGAUCUCAACCAACAGCCAUAAAGACGAGAGAUUAUCGCCUUUUAACUCGACUUAUGCAGUGAGGUUUAAAGAGGAUAUAAAGAGGUGGGCGAGAGGCGGUGUGAGAUAUGCAACCAUUGUAGUAGCUCUUGUGAUCUACAUAAGGGUGGUGGUUUUGGGGAAUUUUUGUGUAAUUGAUUUUUUUUUCCGCUCAACUCCUUUUCUCGGGGUUUUCUCCCCUAAUCGCUCUGCUUGUUUGCUAAUUUUGUUAUGAUAUUUGAUUUUCAUAUCUUGGGGGACCGCGCGCGCUAGCGCGUGGUCCAACAACUAGUAUUA